CCGUUUAACUCCUUCCUCGCCUGCUGUUUGUGUCCUAUCAGUGGAAGAUGGCGACCAGAGUCCUUCAGAGCUCUUUCUCCGGCCUGUAUCGGGCUGCACACACGGGCCGGGCGAAAGGACACGUUACCGCUGUUAUCAGGGGUCUGUCGGCGUCUAAUAACCGGAACCGAGAGGACAGCUGGUUCAAAUCACUGUUUGUGCGGAAGGUGGACCCCAGAAAAGAUGCUCACUCCCAUCUGCUAGCCAAGAAAGAGGACAACAACUUAUAUAAAAUCCAGUUUCACAACGUGAAGCCCGAGUGCCUCGAGGCCUACAACAAACUCUGUGAUGAGGUGCUGCCCUCCAUCCACGCUGACCAGAACUACCCCUGUGAGCUGGUGGGCACCUGGAACACCUGGUACGGAGAGCAGGACCAAGCUGUGCACUUGUGGCGGUACAGAGGAGGAUAUCCAGCUCUGACUGAAGUCAUGAACAAACUGAAGAACAACAAGGACUUCCUGGAGUACAGGAAGGGAGAGAGAGAGUGUAUUCACGGUUGUCCUUUUUCUUGUCUCCUGCAGCCCGGGACCAUGAUUGAAUGGGGCAACUAUUGGGCCAGAGCCAUCAGCUACCGGCAGCACAACCGCGAGGCAGUGGGCGGCUUCUUCUCUCAGAUAGGAGACCUCUACAUGGUGCAUCAUCUCUGGGCGUAUAAGGACCUGCAGUCCAGAGAGGACACGAGGAACGCCGCCUGGCAGCACGAGGGCUGGGAUGAAGUGGUCUAUUACACCGUGCCCCUCAUCCAGCACAUGGAGUCCAGGAUAAUGAUCCCGCUGAAAGCGUCUCCUCUCCAGUAAUGCAUCCAUCCAAAUCAUCCCCAUGAGCUCCAGACCAGACCGAGACGUCGGAUACUUCCACUGCCGUGAUUAUCUCAUGAUGCCCUGAUGCCACCCAACGUCACGCACUACACACUUGCUCGGACCGUAAUAAUUGCACCAGCAAACCCAACUGAAUUUGUAGGAAUGAAGGCUGUAAGUUUCGAGAAUCUUUCUUAUGACGUAGACGUAUCUGAAAUCUGCUGCUUGCGUGAAUCUGUAUAUCGCUCGGCCUAGAUCUGUUAAAUAAAGUUUCAUUGGAAUAUGUAAAGGAUAUAAAAGUGCAUUAAAUUACCGUAAGUGUAGAGUAUUAACCCCUUCUGGUCUGGUGGCCGCUGCAUCUUUGAUUCACCAGAUCUCAAAACAAUCAUAUUUGAAUGCCGUAGUUAAUGCAGACGUGUAUGAACGGACUUCUGUCAGAAAGCAAACGUUUACCGUUCACCCUGCUGCAAUCUAGUCAUGUAUUUAUUGCAUAUUUAUAAGCUGUAAAUAUAAACCCCCACAUGGAGACUGUUUCAUGUUUUAAUAACCUACAGCAGAAUCCAUCCUACAUAUUCAGAUCAGUUAUUAACCAGAUGAAAUCUAAAUACACUGUUGGUUACUAAACAGCCCUUGUUUAAGCAAAUCUGUGCAGCUGGAGCGGGACAA